ACUUUUUAUUUUACCCGCAGAUUCUAUCAAAAGUUGUCUUAGCCAGCGCAGAACGUCUCUGCUUCUCUGUGGGCAGAGGGGAGAUGGCCUUCUCCCCAGUUUGGCUCCACAUGGAAUAUUUCUACCUCCGGGACGACUACCAGCUCUUCGUUGACAUAGCAAACAGCAACGUCGCCGUCAUAAGCGAGCUGCAGGCAACGUACGAGACGCCCCCCCCCAAAAUGUUUGUCACUCUCGACGCCUUGAAGAUUCUCCUGGAGAAAGUGCAGCCCUUGGAAGACGCCCUUCUGCCCUUUGAUGCCUGCAUCGCGUGGCUCAAAAGCGUCAAGUCCAUCAAGCCCUGGGUGGAGUGGAUCAGCCUGGACAACUACCAGCUUCAGUUCUACGAGGAGAAGAGGAAACUCCUGGAGAGCGUGUUACACCGCUGGACCUGCACCAACAUUGUCUACAUGCUGAUCGACCACCUCCUGCACAAUGAGACGCAAAUCGACGAGAAGCUCCUCAGGCUUGUGGUGAAGCAGUUCAUCUUCCUCUGGAACCGCCUCUACACCAUGCCGGGAUCUGAGCCGGAAAAGACUUUUGAUUUGGUGACAAAAGUGCUGAAGAAAUGCAACGAGAACGCCGACGUUGUGUACCUGGUGAAGGGGGUGAAGGAAUGCAAGAGCUGCCUGCAGGAGAUCACUGACCCGGCAGAACUGCCCUGCAGCCACAUCUUCUGCACACAGUGCAUCCAGGAGUGGGAGAACAAGCGGUGUAAGAUCUGCAAGGAGGAGUUCCCAGAGGAUUACACACCCACGGCUUCGGAGGCCACGAGGGAAGCUGUUGCCUGUCACAACAAGUUCCGGAGGAAAUGCAAUUCCUUCUUCAUGGAGUUCAUCACCAUGUACUUUUUGGGCGACAGAGAGCCACCCUCCGCCAAAAUCAUUCAGCGGCUGAUCCAGUUUGUGGCUUGCAAACCCAACCCCGAGCAUCAGGCGGGGAAAAGGGUGUACAAGCCCAAAAGCGAGUUGUCGCCCUUCGAAGAGUGCAUGGACACCAGUCCUACCAUCCAGUCCUCCCUCCUGAAGCUGCUGCUGCGAUGCGGGUUCAACAACGUCAAGGUCCACUUGGAAGAAUACCUGUCCCAGAUGGAGGAAAAGCUAAUAUCCCACCACAGUAGCAUGGACGACUUCUACUUCAUGGUGGUGCACUGUCUGGAGGACUUCAUGUAUUCUUCUUCGGAAGAAGACGUCAGCCAGCUGGCUGAGAGCUGCCUCUCCACCGCAGACCUGGCUGCUUUCUGCAAGCCUGAUGUCUCAAGAAUUAACAGCCUCCAAUUCAUCGCCCAGCUCCGGCUCUCCAUCAGCCACGUGGCCACCGUGCUUGGCAGACAGAUGCUUUCCGCUGCAGAUCCCAACGCGCCCGCCGCCGAGGGGGAUGAGAAAGAGCAAGAGGUGGUGAAUGCGAUGAAGCAGCUGGUUGCAAAGGCUCCGACGCCGUGGCCUCAGGUGUUCCUCAUCAGAAAUCUCUGCGACAUCUAUGGGCUCACCUCCAUGUGGAAGAUCCUCCAGGUGGAGAAGUGGAUGUUACCCCAAGGGGUAGAGAUGUCGCAGGACAGAAGCACCUGGUCGAACACAACGCUGGUGUUUUCAGUGAUGGACAAAACCCAAAACCAGAUAAAAAGCCAACCAGAAAACCAGAGCCUGACUGCUGUCAUGAGGCAAAUGGAGAACAUCCUCCAGUUGCCAUCCACCCCAGACGAGCUGCUGGAAGACAAACAGAGGAAGAUCAUGGAUGCUUUGAGCGACAGCGAAGAGCCAGGAUUGCUGGAGGUGGUCUUCCACACUGCGCUCACUCUGGCCUUGUUCCCAAGCCGCAUCACUCACCUCCUCAGGAACAUCUGCUUUAGGCCUGACGUGGUGAAGGGGUCCUACCUUCCCACCAUGCCUGGAGACCUGCUUUUUGAUGAGACAAACUGGAAAAUUGGGCCGACAGAAAAGAUUUGGGCUUGUCAGUGUGGAUUGUGCUGGAUUGUCACCGGGUGUGGGUUCCCCACGGAAGUGAAGAAAUGCAGCUGCGGUGCCACCGUCGGGGGAAGGAGCCACAACCCUGAGACGGGCUUCGUGCAGAAGGACGUCACCGAGGAUAAGACGGAGCGAGGGUACCUCCUGGAGAGCCCCGGCUCACGGACAAACGAGCUGGAGAGGUGCCUGUCCCCUGCCUGCGUCAGUCUGGUGAGAGCGCUGCUCCACUCAUCCCUUCUGCUCGGGGUGGGCACGGACACGCAGGCAGUUCUAGACCUGAUGAAACACAAACCAGGGGAUGUGGAAAAAUUCUUCUGGGGCCACCUUGAGAAGGACAUCACAUACCUGGGAGAAGCACUCAGCAGGAACAUGGACGAUGCCAUGUUGACGGUCCAUCUGUUCCUACAGCACCUGAGCACCAACAGCCCCGACGAGAGUGAACAGCUGAGCAUCCUGAUGGAGAAAAAGGACCGAGAAGAAUGGGAAAUGUCCUUCAAAGCCCUGGCUCAGCCCUUCUUCGAGGAGUUGGAGAACAGGCUGAAUUCUGUCAAAGAGAAGAGCAUGAAUGAAGGCCCCCACAGCUCCAGCCUUCUCCUGAAAAUAGCUUAUGGCCAGACGCCGCCAUUCCAAGACCUGCCGAAGCAGGGGUUGAUCAACCAGCCCUGCAUGUGGAAAUUUGAGCGGAAGAUGACCAUCCAGACCUUAAUGCACCUCCUACAGCAGGAGGAUGGAGAAGGCGCUGGAAACCCGUACCCCAUUCUGCUGGAGCUCCUGUCGAAGCUUGACAACAUCCGCCAUGUCCGACACCUGCCUGACAUCUUCCGGCUGCAGAACGCCCUCAUCCACUUCUUCCAAAACAGCGAUAAAGGAGUAAACUACACAGUCCGACAAUUCCUGGACCAGCCUGAACUUUCAGACGACCAGCGCUUGGCUUUCAGCAGAGCUAUAGAGGACGAUCCGGAAGGUUUGGAGCAAUAUUACAAGGAACCCAUCCAGCUCAGGUCCAUCUCCGCAGAAGAGGUGAAGCCCUCCUCCGUCCUGGCCAUAACCGAGAGCGAUCUGGUGACGAUGGCGCUCGCCAACUUCCAGUACGAGAUAGACGAAGACCGCAGAAAGACCUACUUCGACUUCCAGAUGCUGCAGCGGCAAGUGGUUCAUCGCUUCAUCAGUGGGAAGCCCAUCAUCAAGGCUCAGACAGCUCCAUCCAUUUCCCUCACCAACGAGAGGACCCUCCAGGCCACCAAGAUGAAAGUCAGGGACCAGCUGCCCCAGGAGCCGCUCAGCGUCAACCAGCAGAAGCGCAUCAUGCAAGAGGCCCGCUCGGUCAAUGCCCUCUCCAAGACCCUGGCCACCUUAAAGGUGGCUGCUGAGUUCCUGGCCAGGGCGGUGACCCAGAGCGCCCGCUGCCCGAGUACGUCCGGCAGGAGCUGAGGAUGGACGCUGGCGCCAAGCAGUUCCAGGACGUGCCGGUGGUCCCCAACACCCGCCUGAAGCACAUCCUGUCGCUGUGGCAGGUCCUGGCAGCUCACAGGUCCAUGCUGUUGGUACAGAUGAACC